AUGAAAAAUGUCGGGGAAUGGGUGGAGGUUCGCCGGAGAAAACCUCAGUCUACCACAAAUAUCACUACGUUCUAUGUGUCCAACAUUCAACAAGAUACCACAGUGAACAUGCUUAGUGAGGCGUUUCGGAAAUACGACAAGAUUGUUGAUAUUUACAUCCCGGGGAGAAAAGAUAGAGCGGGCUCCUACUUUACGUUCGUAAAAUACAGUGGGAUCAAGGAAUCUCAGGCGAUGUUGAAUUCGAUGAACCAGGUUAGAUGCAGACAAUGUAUCCUAAAGGUGAAUGUUGCUAAAUACGAGAAGAGAUACAAUCAGUACAAACAGGCCUACAGACCUCAUCGUGGUCAUCACGUACAAUCAUCAACAAUCCCAGGGGUUUGGUCAAAGAUAUCGGAAGGUAAAUCGUUUGCAGAGGCUGUCACUGGCAGGAAGGAGGGAAAAUUGGUUCCUUCGGUAUCUUUAAAUAGGAUUUUGGCUAUGAAACCCGAAGCGGUACUUACAGGGGAAGUUAUUAGCUUUCAUCUACUCAACAAUCUCCCGGAGUUGCUAAAAAAAGAUGGAAUCUCACCAAGGGAGGUAUUUUAUGUCGGUGGCUUAAAGAUUAUAUUAAGGUUUUCAUUGCACGAAGAUGCGUCCGGUUAUCUUAUGAAUGAGCAAGCAUGGAGUAAAUGGUUCAAGUGGCUCAACGCCGGCUUUGCUGAGGACGUGCCAUUUGAAAGAAUGGCAUGGAUAAAAAUUGUUGGUCUUCCCAUUCAACUGAGAUCUGAAGAGAAUGUGAACUUGAUUGCAGGAAAAAUUGGCAAGGUCAUUGAGGUCGAUAAUUGUCAAAAUUGGCAUGGUAUCAAUUUAUCAUCCCCUCAUGCAAGAAUAUUAACCGGAUCAAAAACCUUAAUCAACUUAGAAAUCAAUUGUAAUUUUCUCGGUACGAUCUUCACGGUGGGUGUGAUUGAAACUAAAUACAUUUAG